AUGACAACUCCUUCAAUUAGGACAAAUACAAAUGGAGAAAAUAGAUCAGAGCCAGCACUGCCAUAAGGAAUUUUUUUUAGUAAGAAAGUUCAUAAAAUAUCAUCAAGCAAGCUAUUUAGCAACGAAAGAAUUUUAUAACUUGAAGAUGCAUAAUUGAAGUAUUUCAAGCCUGUAAAGAAUUUUGUUGAAGAUAAGCCAGUUAGUGGCAAAUUUAAAAAAGGCAUUAACAUAGAAUAUAUUUAGGCUAUUAACUUAACUUCAGAAAAGAAAAAUAGAAUUGUAAUUGAGUUCCUUAAAAAGGGUCUUUUUGAUAUGAAAAGAAAAUCAAUUAUAAGCAAAAAGGAAAAUGACAUUGAAACUUGGGAGUUCAUUUGUAAAAAAUCUGAGCAAGCAGAGUUUAUAAAAUAGAAGAUAUUUGAAGCGAAAAGUAGCAAAAAAGAAGAUUAAACAAAUCAUAAUACAAAUUAAUACAACUCAAUUUAGAAAAAGGAGUCUCAAUCUUCUCUAAAUUUUAAUGGGAACCAAAAAGAAAACUUAUUUAUUAAAAAUUUUAAUGAGUAAUUAAAUGAAGAAGAUGAGGAAGAUGAAGAAGCUAGUCGUUAUGAUGAAUAAGAAGACUUAAAUAAUUUAAAGAAAAAAAUGAAUUAAGAAAAGAAAAAUCAAGAUGAUAAGGCAAGUCCUAUUAAAAAAGGAAAUGAUUAAUCCCCAUUAAAAAAUACAUCUUAAAUGAAGCUAAAUUCUUAGCCUAGCUUAAAAGGAUCUUUUAAUUAGCUCCCCUCUUUUGAGUAAGUUUCAUCUUCACCCAGAAAAGAAAAUAAUAUAGCUCAUACAGUUUAACGCUUAGCAAACUUUAAAGGAAAGAGACAAAGCAUUUUAGAAAUAAAAAACGAUAAAGAUACACUCUCAAACAUUCCUUACCUCACAGAAUCCUAUUAAAAAACUACAAACGAAACAUUUAAGAUAAAUAUGGAAAAAGUGUAGUAAUCAUAGUCAUCAUCUUCUUCUUCGAAUUAAGAUCCUGAAGAAGAAAAAGAUGUGGCAUCUCCUAUGUUAGAAACUAAAAGAAAUUUUUAAAGAAAUGGUAAUUCUAGUAUACCUAAUUUUAGCAAUUUAUUACCUCAACCAACAGUUUAAAGUAGCUAACUUCAAAAAACACAGUCAUAGCAAGUGCUUUCAGAUCAAAACAGUGAUUAAGAAUUAAAAAAUGUGCCAUCAACUCCAGCUUUAAGAAACACAUAAUCAGCUAUUUAAUAAAAUAUCUCUGAUGGAGGGAGUAUGACUACUGCAAAUAGAAUAGUGUAAAAAUAAAAAACUCUAACCUAUAUAGGUAGUGAUUCAAAUUUAAACAGCUAGUAUGGAGGUUCUCCCUAUUAAAGAUUAAGAUUAGGUAAAUAGCAUACAACUAUAGGAUAUUUUCCUAUGUCUUCUGACAAUUCACUCAAAGAUAGUAUUGAAAAAGCUAUUGUCAGAAGAAAUGCUGAAAACAGUCAUGAGUUUAGAUACCAUAGUUUUUUAGAGAGUAGUUUAAAAGCAUCAACACUUGAGGAUUAGCUAAAGGAAGGAAUUAAACUAUUUUUAUAUCUAGGAUAAUUUAGAGAAAAGGCGAUAAGAGCUGCUAAAUCUCUUGUUGAGGAUUUAAUGUAGCCAAAACCAAUUUAUGAACCUAGAUUUAAAAGUAUGGUUGCUAUUCCUGAACUAGAGAAAAUUCGAGAGUUAAAUAGUAGCUAAAAUUUAAAAAGUUAAAGUCCCACAAAGAAAAAUCAAGGCACUAAGGAUUUAUUCCAAUUAGAUCCAAACAAAGAAAUUGAUAUAGAUGAUAUGUUUUAUAUUCCAGAAGAGAAUGUUAUAGCUAAAGUUUUUUUUACAAAGCAAAUUAACUUGGUACCUGAUUAUUUGUAAGAUAUUAGCUAUAAUUAAGAAGAAGGUGUUGAUUAUUUUGAUUCAUCAAGUAUUAAGUUUGGAGGGGAUUAAUUUAGAAUAUUAAACAGUAUAAGCAGUAGUUACAUAAAGAUUAGAAAGUAUGAUCCUACUUACUCCUUAAGAGUUCCUUUGUCUGUUAUAGUAGACUACCUUGGAUUUAAGAUACUAGUUUAUGCAAGGCCUUAAUAUGAAAAGAAUAUAGUUUAUGGACCAGACAUUGAAAAAGAUGGGACUUUUGUUGGCUAUAAAAAAGUUUAAAAAUAUGAAUAAAAAAUAGAAGAAGAUGCAGAAAAACUGAGAUAAAGAUUGAGAAUUAAGUCUCAUUAUUUUGGUUGGAAGCAUGACGAGCCUAUACAAUGUAUUUUAACAUUUGAAACAGAGAUUCACAAAUCAGCAGGAGACAGAGCUACAAAGAGUAAUUUAGUUAAGUAUUAAAAAGACACAAUUUUAAUUGAUCAAGAUAAAGAAGAAGACUAGUUUUAUAUUGAAAAUUAUAAUGAUUUCUAUCCUAUUAACUCAUUUUUAGAUUGCUAAUUUAAUAAAAAUCAAAUGCGUUACCCUAGAAAAAUAAGGCCUGAAAUUCUUCUGAAAAAGAAGAAAUCUCUAAAUCCUGAAGCUUAUUUUUCUUAGAUAAAGUUAGGAAAAAAUCCAGAUAAUACUAAUAUUAGAGAAAAGUAGGAUUAGAUGAACUAUUUUCAAUUAAUAAAAAUAGAAAAAUAAGAUUAGCUUGAUAUUGAAGAAGUAGAAUAAUAUUCACUUUAUCUAUCAACAACGAAACUUUUUAAGCUAAUAAAAUAAUUUGAUAGUCUUGAUAUAAUACCUUAUGAUAGUCACACUAUCAAAGAAGCUUUACAUAGCAAUGGUUUAAAUAUUAAGUAUAUAUCUUAUAUUGCUGAACACAGUAACACGCCUUAUGUCAAACUUUUAUUUGAAUAAGAAAUGGUAGCAAGGACUGUCAAAAGAAUGAUUAGGUGUUAUUUAACUUAGUUUACAUUUCAAAGCAGAAAAACUUCCUCAUCAAUUUUAAGAAGAGGAAAUAUUCUUGAAAUGAAUAACUAGCAAUAGAAAGCUAAUGACAUAAAGUUCAAUACAAAUACAAAUUAAAAAAAAGCUAUAAUUGAAACUUUAAAUUUAAUUUUUGAGAAUUCAGCUGAGUCUCAGCAAUAUUGGGAAUAGAUAAAUACAUAGAUUUUAAUGGAAUAUGGUUAUCGUUAAAAAGUAUCUCUUGACUAGUUUGAAAAAGGCGGACUUCUUAAUGCUAUUCAUUAUCAUUCUCAAUUUAUACUCUCAUAUGGUACUGAUAUAUUUGAUACCUAAAAGAGAGAUAGAAAUAAAUAUAGCAAUGCCUUUGCCUAGUAGAUAUUACAGUAAUUAGAAAUGGUAGAUUAAGAAACGAAUUAUGAAGAAAAAAGCGAUGUGCAAAUGCCAUGGCAGGAUUAAUCUAAUUUUGAAUUUCAGCCUGCUAAAAUUGUGGAUGCAUCAAACAUUUCUGAGGAAGUUGAAGAACCUGUAGAAAUCUUGACUUUAGAAAAUUUUCUUGACUUCUAAUACGAAUCUAAAAUGUUUGACUAUAAAGAUAUUCCAAUUUAGAUCUAUGCGAAUUUGUAGUAUCCUAGUGAUCCUCAGAAGCAAGUUUAAACUAUCUUGAUUUAGGAUAAAAUCUCACAGGCUAUCAAUUAAGAGCAUAAAGAAAGAUUUUUUACUUUAUAUGGCCUAUCUAAAUCUUAUUUCUCUAUUGGAUAUUAUAAAGAAUGUAUAGAAACCUUAAACAAGUGCAUAUCUUGCUUAGAUUAUUAUCCAUCUAUUUUGCUUGUUGAUCCACUAUGCCUGUUAAUACAGUGCUACAUUAUAUUGAAAUAAAAUCAAAAAGUUCAAUACCUUUUUUGGAAAACAGAAGAAAUUAUUAACUUUAAUCUAGGUAAGAUGCAUCCUCUACACUGCAGACUGUUAAAUAACAUGGCUCUUUAUUACGAGUUUAUAGGUUAAUACUAAGAGUAAAUAAUUUUAAUGAAAGCUAGUUGCAAUUUAGUGUAGAAAAUUGUAGGCACCAAUCACAAAAGGACUGCUUAGAGUAUUUUUGAAUUGGCAACUAUUUUAUCUCAAAAUGGAAUGACUAGUUAAGCAAUAGGCCAAUAUGAAACAGCCUUUUACAUAUACACUUCGAUAAAAGGAGAUUAAAAUAAAAAUAGUGCUGAUAUUGCAUAUAAAAUAGCACUCGAGAGUUUUACAUUGAGGGAAUUAGAAAAGUGUGGAAAAUAUAGUACUUACUGUCUUCAAUUUUUUGAGGGAAAGGAAAAUAUUUAUCUAAAUAAAAUUGUUGAAUUGAAAAUCAUCCAAUUUAAAAUACUAAAAAUACAACAAGAAACAAAUUAAGACUUAUCUAACAUUCUUAACGAGAUCUGGCUAUACAUGUAUUAAAGAGAUUAUACUAAUCUAGAUCAUAUAGUAGAUAUAUUGAAGGAGUACGUAUAGUAUUAUCUGAAAACUCUGACUGAUUAAGUUAAAGUUUUCUUGAGUUUGUAAUUUGAAUUAAUCUUAAAUGGCCUUAUAAAUAAGAAGAUUUUAGAUUCUUUUUUAAUAGAGGAAGUUUAGUAAAAAAGUAAAUUAAUAAUAAUGAAGGAGAUUUUAUUCAAUGGAAACUUAAAUAAUCCUAUUAAUUUUAUUGAAAGAACUUUCAUAACUUUAGCUGAAGAUCAAUAGAAAAAAGUUAUACCAAUUUAAAAAGAAGAUGACGAUGAAAACAAUGAUAAAAGUAUGAAGAAAAAAACAUUUAAGUUUUAAAAAUAGCCUUUUCUUCCAAAUUAAAGCAACCAAAAUAAAGACCAGAAAUUUUCUAUCAACCAAAUUUAAAAUGGCAUAGAUUAAAGUAGUCAAAAUUAAGACAAUAAAAACGAUGAUUAUGAACUUUCAAUUAAGAGAUGUAGGUCACUGUUUGAGCACUUGAUUUGUCUAGUAGGUGUUCCAUUUUUCAAAUCAAUUUUCCUUUAAAAUAUAGUUUGA